AGCGAGAGCGUACGUCCUCGUAUACUGCGUGCAUGCUGCCUGAGGCGCAAGUUGACACGUAGUGCAGUGAUUCUCACCACCGUCCGCCAGAUGGUCCGCGGCGAUGUGCGCACCCCUACCCCCAACGCGUGGCCGUUCACUGACACAGCCGCAGUGGAAGAUCCUCAUCCUCGACGAAGACUCGAAGAAGCUCAUAGACAACGUCGUCAAGGAAGAUGACAUCCUCAACUCCAACAUCACGAAUAUCGAGAAGAUCGAGGAUCGCCGCGAGACGCAGCGCGAUAUGGACGCCAUCUACAUCCUCACGCCCAAGCCACACAUCGUCGACUGCGUCAUGGCUGAGCUCGAGGCGCGGCGAUACCGAGGCAUGUUCCUUGUCUGGACGACGCUGCUCCCACCACCGCUGAAGGAACGCAUCGACCGUUCGCAGAUGGCCCGCGAGCAGAUCAGGGCAUUUAGGACGGUGCACCUUGACUAUCACCCGCAAGAAUCCCACCUCGUCACUUUCAAAGACCCCUGGAGUUUCCCCAUCCUGUUCCACCCAGAGUGCAACAACCAGGUCGUGCGGCACAUGGAGGAGAUGGCCGAAAAGAUCACUGGUGUCUGCGUUGCGCUGGGCGAGUACCCCAUCAUUCGAUACUACCGACCACGAGCGCCAACACACGAAGCAAGCGUUCUCUGUUCGCAUCUUGCUCGUUUCGUUCAGGACAAGCUUGACAUGUACGCUCAGUUCAACCAGGACUUCCCCCCGCAAUCCAACCGCCCCCGUGGCGCUCUCUACAUCACAGACCGAUCUAUGGAUUUGCACGCUCCUUUCUUGCACGAAUUUACGUAUCAGGCCAUGGCAAUGGAUUUGUUGCCCAUCAACGACACAGACAAGGUUACAUACCGUGCAGUAGUAAAUGAAGACGAUCCAGGAGCCGAGGAGAAGGAAAUGGAGAUCAGCGACAAGGACAAGAUCUGGGUUGAGAACCGACAUCGCCACAUGAAAGACACCCUGGACAAGCUCAUUAGCGACUUCCAGAAGUUCAUUGCGGACAAUCCGAACUUCACCAACCAGGACGCACAGAAUGCAGCGGGCAUGAACGGUCUGAACGCGAUCAAGGACAUGAUUGCCGGCCUACCCCAGUUCCAGGAGAUGAAAGAGUCGUACACAUUACACUUGGGUAUGGCAGAGAAGUGUAUGGAUAUCUUCCAACAGCAUAAGCUACCUGAUCUAGCGUCUGUCGAGCAAUGCCUGUCUACUGGGCUUGAUGAAGACUACCGCAAGGCUAAGAACAUGGCCGAUCAGGUAGUGCGAACGUUGGACGACCCGGCAGUGACACCGGCUGAUAGACUGCGACUAAUUGCACUCUACGUCUUGUUCCGCGACGGUGUGCUUCCGGCAGAUCUACAGAAGCUCAUCUUCCAUGCGCAAUUACCACCACCAGACAUGGAAGUAGUUCGCAACCUUGAUCUUCUCGGAGCACGAGUGGGCAGGCAAUUGAAGGAGAAGCGCGACCCCACACCGCCUCUGUUCCCACGCAAUGCUGUACCACCCCCAAAUGCAGAAGAGUAUGGCCUCUCGAGGUUCACUCCGGCGAUGCAGGACAUGCUCGAAGCCCACGUCCGAGGAUCGUUACCACAGGAUAUCUUCCCUUUCACAAAAGCGGCACCUGAGGAUAUGAACAUGCAAGAGAGCGCACAAGCCUCGUCUCUCCGCUCCGCAAAGCCCACUUGGGCAAAAUCGCGACUGACAAGCGUGGAGCCUCGACAGCGUGUUAUUGUUUUCAUGGCUGGUGGCGCGACAUACUCGGAGUCGCGAGCCUGUUAUGAAGUCUCCGAGAAGACAUCGAGGGACGUCUUCCUCGUUACCUCGCACAUGAUGAAGCCACAGCUGUUCCUGCGCCAAGUCGGCGACCUCAGCCAGCGUCGUGACAGACUCCAUCUACCCUUGGACGGGCCACAGCCAACAGCUCCCAAACAUCUCUUCGAGAAGCCAGAGCCGCCAAGACCAGCACCUCCACCAGCGGGCUCAAAGCCAAUGCCGCAGGGUCUGCCGUCAGGACCGCGAGCCAGCGGGCCUCGACCGGGCGCGCCGCAGCCGCCGAUAGCAGCGAUGGGGCAGAUGAACCUUAAUGCUCAAAAACCGCCCGCUCAAACCUCAGCGCCAGCGCCAAGCAGCGGGAAGGUGCACAAGGAAGAUAAAGAGAAGGACAAGAAGAAGAAGAAGCACCACUUCUUCUCGUCAAAACACUAGGCACGUUUGACGCUGCAGUGAUUGUGCUUAGUUCUAUGUUGAUUUACUUGUUUUGCAUCAGCAUGGCAUGGCGUUGUAUAGGAUACCCAAGAGGCAUCCAGAUUUGAGCAUGGAGUAGCAUAGACAGCAGGUUCUGGCAAUAUCGAACAUUCUAUAGCAGCCUUCUGGCACGACUCUCAAGCCUCUUCGGAUUCGCUUCAACGCUGAUCAUGAGGCUUGAUCAGACUUACAAAAGCGCGCUAGUGUGGGACGCCUCAAUAAUGGGAUCGCCUUGUUCUGGCUAGGCAGAAGGCUGCAGCAGCCUUACAGCAGAUCUGC